CGGGUCCGUCCCCACCUCUGUUGGUUCCUGAGUUCCUGAGUCGUUGCGUCUGCAGCGGUAGUGACGCGUAUUGCUCGGAGGAUGGCGGACGCCGGCUUGCGCCGCGUGGUUCCCAGCGACCUGUAUCCCCUCGUGCUCGGCUUUUUGCGCGAUAACCAGCUCUCGGAGGUGGCCAACAAGUUUGCCAAGGCAACAGGCGCUACCCAGCAGGAUUCCAAUGCCUCUUCCCUCUUGGAUAUCUAUAGCUUCUGGCUCAACAGGUCCACCAAGGCUCCAAAGCGGAAGUUACAGGCAAAUGGGCCAGUGGCUAAGAAAGCUAAGAAGACGACUUCAUCCAGUGACAGCAGUGAAGAUAGCAGUGAAGAGGAAAAAGCCCAAGGAUCUCUAGCUAAGAAAGCUGCUGUACCUGCCAAGCGGGCUAUUCUGCCUCAGCAUCCUGGAAAGGCUGCAGCCAAAGCAUCAGAGAGCAGCAGCAGUGAAGAAUCCAGUGAUGAUGAGGAGGAGGACAAAAAGAAAAAACCUGUUCAGAAGGGAGCUAAGCUCCAAGUCAGGGCAGUCAAAGCUCCUCCUAAGAAGGCUGAGAGCUCAGAUUCUGAUUCUGACUCCAGCUCAGAGGAUGAGGCACCAAAGAACCAGAAGCCAAAGACAGCACCAAUGGCAGCUAAAGCUCAGGCUAAAGUUCCAGCCAAACCAGGCACACCAGCUCGAGUAGCACCUAAAGUAGCCAAUGGCAAAGCAGCCAGCAGCAGCAGCAGCAGCAGCAGCAGUAGCAGCAGUAGUGAUGACUCAGAGGAGGAGAAGGCAGCAGCCAUCCCCAAGAAGGUCUGGGGCAUAACUUCUACCAGGGAAGAAGAGACCGGGACUGUACCUAAAAAGCAAGUAGUGGCCAAGGCCCCAGUGAAAGCAGCUGCUGCCCCAACCCAAAAGAGUUCCAGUAGCGAGGACUCCUCCAGUGAGGAGGAGGAUGAGCAGGAGCAGAAAAAACCUGUGAAGAAAAAACCAGGUCCCUAUAGUUCAGUCCCCCCACCUUCUGCUCCCCCACCCAAAAAGACCCUGGGAACCCAGGCUCCCAAGAAAGCUGCAGAAAAGAAACAAUCUAUGGAGAGCAGUGAGGACAGCAGUGAUGAGUCUGAUUCAAGCUCUGAGGAAGAAAAGAAAGUGCCAGCGAAGGCAGUCAUCUCCAAGGCAGCCAGUAAACCAGCUCCAGCAAAGAAGGCAGCAGAGAGCUCUUCAGAUAGCUCGGACUCUGACAGUUCUGAGGAUGAAGCUCCUGCUAAGUCAGCCAGUACCACCAAGAAUCUUUCAAGUAAGCCAGCUGCCACUCCCAAGCAGCCUGCAGCUAAAUCAGCCACAACUCCCAAGCAGCCUGCAGGCAGUGGCCAGAAGCCUCUGACCAGAAAGGCUGAUAGCAGCUCCAGCGAGGAGGAGAGCAGUUCUAGCGAGGAGGAGGAGAAGGUGAAGAAGACUGUGGCUACCCCUAAGUCUAAGGUGAUGGCCAAAGCAGUUUCAUCAUUGCCUGUCAAACAGGCCUCUCAAGGUGAUGGGGACAGCAGUUCUGAUUCAGACAGCUCCAGCAGUGAGGAAGAGGAGGAGAAGACGUCUAAACCUCUAGUUAAAAAGAAGCUGCAGAAAACAGGAGCUGUAGCCCCUUCCAAGCCAGCCUCUGCAAAGAAAGUAAAGGCCGAGAGCAGCAGCAGUUCUUCUGAUGACUCCAGUGAGGAGGAGGAAGAGAGGAAGCCCAAGGGCAAGGGCACUCCUAGACCACAAGCCCCCAGAACCAAUGGCACCUCUGCACUGACUGCCCAGAAUGGAAAAGCAGACAGGGACAGCAGCGAGGAGGAGGAAGAAGGGACAAAGGAAGCAGUGGUAGUUGCUAAGCCAGGUUCAGGAAAGAAGCGGAAGCAGAUUGAGGCUGCCACAGAGGAAGAGACUCCUCAAGCCAAGAAGAUAAAGCCUCAGACUCCCAAUACAUUUCCAAAAAGGAAGAAAGCAGAAAAAAGGGCAUCAUCCCCAUUCCGAAGGAUCAGGGAGGAGGAAAUUGAGGUGGAUGCUCGAGUGGCGGACAACUCCUUUGAUGCCAAGCGAGGUGCAGCCGGAGACUGGGGAGAACGAGCCAAUCAGGUCCUAAAGUUCACCAAAGGCAAAUCCUUCCGGCAUGAGAAGACCAAGAAGAAGCGGGGCAGCUACCGGGGAGGCUCCAUCUCUGUCCAGGUCAAUUCAAUUAAGUUUGACAGUGAGUGACCUGAGGCUAUUAUAGUGAAGCAGGGUUGAUGAUCUGAGACUACUUAUUUUCCUCAGUGGACCUAUUAGGGAAGGUCUUGAUGAGGACAGUGGUCUAGAAUAGGUCCAAAGACUUUGCAUCAGAACAUCUCUGGUCCUUUUCUGUGUUUGUAGUUUUAUACAGUUUUGUUUUUGAGUGUUCAGUAGCAAGGACAAGUAAGGGGAGUGUUCUUUUAUAAGAAAAAAUUGUUUUAGUUGUCAUCUCCUUUUCCCUGGUCUGUGGAAAUCCUCAUACUGAGAAAUUUGUAUAUUUUAUAUUAAAUUGUUUCCUAUUGAUUUUCAUUGUGAUUUUCAGAAGUGGGUUCCCACAGAUAAAAAGCUAUUACCCAAGACAUAGUAAAGGUCAUCACAUGUGUGAAUUUUUAUAAUUGGAGAAUUCUGCCUAUGUGAGUGCACAUAUCCACAUUUCAUCCUUCUACCCUUCAGCCCUGGUGAGGGGCAGUUAAGAAUGGUUAAUGUAUAUAUGUUAAGCAUGCACUGUGCAGUUCAUUCUCUUUCAUGGGGUCUAGGACGAAGUUUUCAGCGAGCAUGGACUUAGCUACUUUUGGGGGUAAAAGUCACUUUUAUUAUAGAUCAAAUUCUGGUGUGGUGUGAAUGCUGUGGGGUCAGUCUGAAUAUUUUGUUUUCUGUAAUUAUCAUUAUUACAUAAUGUUUGCAGUACAUGUUUUUUAAUUUGAAAGCAUAAACUUUUCUGUUCAAAGACUUGUUUUGAUGGCCAUUUAGUUUCUACUAAAUGAAGGACUGCAUCUCCUGAUUUUUUACAUUUUAGAGAACAAAAUAACAUUAAUUUGGAAACUAUAUAUCACUUGGUAUUUCUGUCUUGUUAGCAGUAGUGAUACAAAAUUCGUUUCAUUAACUCCUACAUGGUUGGAAAUCACUGAUGAAGCAAUGAAAGAAGAAAAACUAUAAUUAACUUAAGUCCUCAGUAGGAAUUAAGUUACAUUGUCAGGUGAAUUUAUAGGUCACAUGUAUGUACUAAUGGAGAUGGGAAGAACCUUUACAAAACAUAUUAUCUGGUAAAACUUGAGGAGAGCAGUUGGGAGAGCCUCCUAACAAGAUUAUCGUGGCUUAUAGUUGGCACAUGGGAGCAUUUGAUGUGCUUCCUUCAGUAACAGUGCAGGUAAUGAUAAAAACCAGUGAGCAGAGAUAUGACUCAGGCCAAGCUGCUGAUUGUAAAGCUGUAGGACAUGACCAUUGGCAGUGCUCAGCCAGAGCAAGAUGGGGAGGGAAGAGUCAUCAUACUCUCUGGAGGUUGGGCUGUCCCUGUGGUGGGAAGGUGUGCCUCAGUUUCAUGGAUGGUGUAGGUCUUAAGUUUAGCCUCCCCUUGUUUGGAUUCCAUAUUCGCCAAAUAACCUGGUAAUAACCUGGUUUUCCAUGUAACUGCCUCUGGGUAGAAAAUGCACUGUUUAUGUGCUGACAUUGGUAUUUCAUUCUGCAUGGUAAAAGUUAACUACAAAAUAAUAAACUGUCCAGUUUAUAAUGUG